AUGUCAUCAACCACAGUAGCCCUGCCUGGGCAGGACUUGGGCCCCACAGCUUCCAAUAAUGUGGGCGCAGGGACGCAUAUCCAAGGCGACCAUCUUUUUGCAAGCGUAGCUGGUCAGAUCAUUAGUACACCUUCCACGACCAAAGGCUCCAAAACGCCCACGCUCUCGAUCUUGCGGCCAUCUAGCGCUACCCUACCCGAAGUGGGCACCACAAUCCUCGGCAAGAUCACCAGGACAAAUCCUCGGCAGGCAAAUAUUUCCAUCCUCGCGAUUGGUAAUACAGGCGAACGCGUCUGUGGUGAGCCUUUUCCAGCAUUGAUACAGCAACAAGACAUUCGUGCUACGGAGAUCGAUAAGGUCAAGGUUACAGAGAGUUUCAGGGUGGGGGACGUGGUUAGGGCCGUCGUGAUCAGCUUGGGAGAUGAGAGGAGUUACUAUCUGAGUACGGCGAAGAACGAGCUCGGGGUGGUCAUGGCGGUGAGUGAGGGAGGACACCAGAUGUAUCCGCUCUCGUGGAAAGAGUUUCACGAUCCGGUGACGGGUGCGAAGGAGUUGAGGAAGGUGGCUAAGCCGGUGUGA